AUGCCAACGGUCGUCUGGAAGCAGCCGCGCCUUCCAACUUCGCUGCCGCCCCCAGGGCAGCAGCAGCAGCCGUCGCCGCUACCGCGCCGACAGCCCGUCCCGUUGAUGCCUCCCGCGCAGCUUCAUCCGGGAGCGCCCCAGGUGGUCGCUCCGGCGCCUGCGGUCCCUCUUCAGUCGCCACCGCCUUCGGAGCUGAUGGACGUCGACCCCUCAGCCGGGCCGCCUUCCCAAGCGGUGGCUGUGCAGCCUGUCCUGCAGCUGCUUUGCUUAGGCAUCCCCAAGGAGUCUGGCACCGCAGCGCCUUGUCCGGCGCCCACUCAGCAGCCGUCGACGCAGCGUCAGGAGACGCUGCCUCUCUUCGUGCGUCCCGACGCCCCGUCGCGUCCCGUACCAGAAGCUGCGCCCAUGGUCACAGGCGUGCACCCUGACCUCGGUUUUCAGUCGGUGUUUCCAGAGGCCCCCCGCAGCCAAUGCUGGGGUGCGGACCGGGGACUGCCACCGACAACAGUCUCCGCCCCGAGCAGGCUGGAAGCAGUACGUCCAGGAUGUACUGCUGAGGGCUUGGUGGAAGUCAGUGCAAGUGAGACACAAAAAUACUCCCUGAAUCCGGAGGCUCCAAUUUUUGUGAGUGCACUCAGCGAGACAGAUGGACAUCCAGUGGACCUUUAUCCAGUCUCAAACUUGAAUCCAUGGGCACCAGUUUUCCACGGGUAA